UCGCUGCCGGGGCCGCGGCUGCCGCUGCUGACAACAAGAUGGCGGCGGCGGGGCCGGCGGGCCCCGAGAGCCGGGUGCUGGGUUAUACCCUGCACCGCUGGAGCAGCUUCUCCUCCACCUACCUGCCCGAGAAUAUCUUGGUGGAUAAGCCCAAUGAUCAGUCUUCAAGAUGGUCUUCAGAAAGCAAUUAUCCUCCCCAGUAUUUGAUUCUGAAACUUGAAAGACCUGCCAUAGUCCAGAGCAUCACGUUUGGCAAAUAUGAGAAAACGCAUGUCUGCAACUUAAAGAAGUUUAAAGUCUUUGGUGGGAUGAAUGAGGAAAACAUGACAGAUCUCUUAUCCAGUGGCUUAAAGAAUGAUUAUAACAAAGAAACAUUCACCUUGAAGCAUAAAAUUGAUGAACAGAUGUUCCCCUGUCGAUUCAUUAAGAUAGUUCCACUCUUAUCCUGGGGACCUAGCUUCAAUUUUAGUAUCUGGUAUGUUGAACUUAAUGGCAUUGAUGAUCCAGAUGUGGUCCAACCGUGCCUCAACUGGUACAGCAAGUACCGUGAACAGGAAGCCAUUCGCCUUUGCCUAAAGCAUUUUCGUCAGCACAACUACACUGAAGCUUUUGAGUCGCUGCAGAAGAAAACCAAGAUUGCUCUGGAGCACCCUAUGUUGACAGACCUGCAUGACAAACUGGUGUUGAAGGGAGACUUCGAUGCUUGUGAAGAACUGAUAGAAAAAGCUGUCAAUGAUGGCUUAUUCAAUCAGUAUAUCAGUCAACAAGAAUACAAACCUCGCUGGGGGCAGAUCAUCCCCAAAAGCACCAAAGGUGAUGGGGAAGACAGCCGACCAGGAAUGAGAGGUGGCCAUCAGAUGGUUAUAGAUGUUCAGACAGAAACUGUUUAUUUGUUUGGCGGCUGGGAUGGAACUCAGGAUCUGGCUGACUUCUGGGCAUACAGUGUGAAGGAAAACCAGUGGACCUGCAUAUCCAGGGAUACUGAGAAAGAGAGUGGUCCUAGUGCCAGAUCUUGUCACAAGAUGUGCAUUGACAUUCAACGAAGGCAGAUCUACACGCUGGGACGCUAUCUGGAUUCCUCCGUGAGGAACAGUAAAUCUCUGAAAAGUGACUUCUAUCGCUAUGACAUUGACACAAACACAUGGAUGUUACUAAGUGAAGAUACUGCAGCGGAUGGAGGUCCAAAGCUGGUGUUUGAUCAUCAGAUGUGCAUGGAUUCUGAAAAACACAUGAUAUAUACCUUUGGAGGCAGAAUUCUGACCUGCAAUGGCAGCGUUGAUGACAGCAGAGCCAGUGAACCGCAGUUCAGUGGAUUGUUUGCUUUUGACUGCCAGUGUCAGACAUGGAAACUUUUGAGAGAGGAUUCCUGUAAUGCUGGACCUGAGGAUAUCCAGUCCCGAAUAGGACACUGUAUGUUGUUCCAUUCUAAAAAUCGCUGCUUAUAUGUGUUUGGUGGCCAGAGAUCGAAGACUUAUUUGAAUGACUUCUUCAGUUAUGAUGUAGACAGCGAUCAUGUGGAUAUCAUAUCAGAUGGCACUAAGAAAGAUUCAGGGAUGGUUCCAAUGACAGGUUUCACUCAAAGGGCUACCAUUGAUCCAGAACUGAAUGAAAUCCAUGUCUUGUCAGGGCUCAGUAAAGACAAGGAGAAGCGGGAAGAGAAUGUAAGGAAUUCCUUCUGGAUUUAUGACAUUGUGAGGAACAGCUGGUCUUGUGUCUAUAAGAAUGACCAAGCAGCAAAAGAGAAUCCAGGUAAAAGCCUUCAGGAAGAGGAGCCCUGCCCAAGGUUUGCCCAUCAACUGGUGUACGAUGAAUUGCAUAAGGUUCAUUAUUUAUUUGGAGGGAAUCCUGGUAAGUCCUGCUCUCCAAAGAUGAGAUUAGAUGAUUUCUGGUCUCUGAAGCUCUGUCGACCUUCAAAGGAAUACCUGCUAAGACACUGCAAAUACCUCAUAAGAAAGCACAGGUUUGAAGAAAAAGCUCAGACUGACCCUCUUAGUGCACUGAAGUACUUGCAGAAUGAUUUGUAUGUAACUGUGGAUCACUCGGACCCUGAGGAGACAAAAGAGUUUCAGCUUCUUGCCUCAGCAUUAUUUAAGUCUGGCUCGGAUUUCACCACUCUUGGAUUUUCAGAUGUUGACCACACGUAUGCGCAGAGAACUCAGCUGUUUGAUACGCUAGUCAACUUCUUUCCAGACAACAUGACCCCUCCUAAAGGCAACCUGGUGGACCUCAUCACGCUGUAAUGGAGCAAUCACUGGACAUGUGGAAGAGGGGAAAAGCAUCCAUUUUCAGUAUUUUAAUUUUUUUACUGCAUUGAUUGACUGCUGGGAUGAAGUAAUAUAGUAACCCCUAGGUGUUUGAAAGGGGUUUUAUACUUGUAUGGUGAAUCCCUGAAGCUUUUCCCUUGGAGUAGGUUAAUAAAAUGUAACUGACGUA